AUGUCUUCCUUUCUUUCUUUUUUCUUUUUUUUCUUUCUUUCUUUUCCGACGAUUCCCUCUCUCUCUCUCUCACUAUCCUCUUCCCCCUUUUCUCUCGUAGUUACAUAUUCUCCUCAUUUGCAUUCCCCUCUGCCUACUCCCAUUGCAUACUUACUCUUUCUAUGCACCCCCAAGCUUUCUUUCCUGAUAAAUCCACCAUUUUUUCUUCUCGCCUUUCCCCGCUUUCUCAUUCCUACAUCCAUUGAAUAUUUACACCUCCUCUUUCAUUUUUCCCAAGCGAUCUUUCCUGAUAAAAAUCACCGCCUCUCGUCGCCCCUCUCUCGUCGUUACAUACUUUUCUCUUUCAUCUGUGUUCUCCUCCGCCUUCUCCCAUUAAAUAUUUAUACCGUCUCUUUCAUUUUUCCCUUGUUUUGUAUUUCUAUAAAUCUAUUUUCUUUCUCGCCUCUCUUUUCCUCUCUCUCUCUCUCUCUCUCGUCGUUGUAUACUUUCUCUUUCAUUUGUCUUCUCCUCAGACUACUCCCAUUGAAUACUUACACCUCUUCUUUCAUUUUCCCCACGCUUUCUUUCCUGAUAAAUCCACCCUUACUUUCUCCUCUCUUUCACCCACUCUCGUUUCUUUCCCCGAUAAAUUCACCAUCUCUCUCUCUCUCUCUCUCUCUCUCUCUCUCUCUCUCUCUCUCUCUCUCUCUCUCUCUCUCUUAUGAACUCCUCUCUUUCGUUACUCCUCUCUUUUGGUUGACGUCAUUCUUUCUCAUGACAACUUUUGUUCUUUUUAGAUUUCUCUUCCAGAGAAAUCCCUCACUAUUUUCUCCUCUCUUUCUUCACUCUCUCGGCGCUUUUCUCUUUCUUUUACGCUUCUUCCCGCUUUCUCCUCAUGAACACUUCGUCUUUCUGUCUUUCUUUCUCUCGUUCUUUCUUUCUUUCUCUCUUUCUUUCUUUCUGUCUUUCUUUCUUUUCUCUCUUUCUGUCGUUCUUUCUUUCUUUCUGUCCUUCUUUCUGUCUUUCUUUCCGUCUUUCUUUCUUGGUUUCUUUUUUCUUUCUUUCUUUCUUUCUUUCUUUCUUUCCAGUUUUCUUUCUUUCUUUCUGUCGUUCAUUCUAUCUUUCUUUCUCUCUGUCUUUCUUUCUUGUUUCCUUUUUUCUUUCUUUCUUUCUUUCUUUCUUUCCUUUUCCAGUUUUCUUUCUUUCAUACUUACUUUCUUUGUCUUUCUUUCUUUCUGUCUUUCUUUCUUUCUUUCUUUCUUUUAUUUCUUUCUUUCUGCCGUUCUUGCUUUCUUUCUUGUUAGCUUUCCUUUCUUCAUUUCUUUCUUUCUUUCUUUCUUUCUUUCUUUCUUUUACCCUGCUGAGUUUUCUUCCUUAAGGACUUUCUCUCUUUGUUCUUUUCUUUCUUUCUGUCCUUCUUUCUGUCUUUCUUUCCGUCUUUCUUUCUUGUUUUCUUUCUUUUUUUCUGUCAAUUCUGAUCUUUCUUUCUCUCUGUCUUUCUUUCUUGUUUCCUUUUUCUUUCUUUCUUUCUUUCUUUCUUUCCUUUUCCAUUUUCUUUCUUUCUUUCUUUCUUUCUUUUCUUUCAUUCGUUUUCGUUCUUUCUUUUCUUUCUUUCUUUCUUUCUUUCUUUCCAGUUUUCUUUCUUUCUUUCUGUCGUUCAUUCUAUCUUUCUUUCUCUCUGUCUUUCUUUCUUGUUUCCUUUCUUUUCUUUCUUUCUUUCUUUCUUUCUUUCUUUCUUCCUUUCUUUCCUUUUCCAGUUUUCUUUCUUUCAUACUUACUUUCUUUGUCUUUCUUUCUUUCUUUCUGUCUUUCUUUCUUUCUUUUAUUUCUUUCUUUCUGCCGUUCUUGCUUUCUUACUUGUUAGCUUUCCUUUCUUUAUUUCUUUCUUUCUUUCUUCCUUCUAGUUUUCUUUCUUUCUUUCUUUCUUUCUUUCGUUCGUUCGUUCGUUCGUUCGUUCUUUAUUGCUUGCUUGCUUCCUCGCUUCUUGUCUUUCUUUCUUUCUUCUUUCUGUCUUUCUUUCUCUUUUUCUAUCUUUCUUUCUUACUGUCGUUCUUUCUGUCUUUAUUUCUGCCUUUCUUAUUUUCUUUCUUUCUUUCUUUCUUUCUUUUGUCUUUCUUUCUUUCUUUCUUUCCUCCCUUCCUUCAUUUCUUUCUGCCUGUCUUUAUUCCUGUCUUUCUUGCUUGCUUUCUAGCUUUUUGUCUUUCUUUCUGUCACUCUUUCUUUAUUUCUGUCGGUCUUUCUAUUUCUUUCUUGCUUGCAUUCCAUCUGUCUUUCUUUCUUUCUUUCUUUCUUUCUUUCUUUCUUUUUUUCACUGAUGCUCUCUUUCAUACGUCUUAUUAUUUCUUUCUUUCUUUCUUUUUUUUCUUUCUUUCUUUCUUUCUUUCAUUCUUUUUCAUUACUCGUUCAUCGUAG